AUGAACAGCAGCGCACCGCUCAUCUUUGAUGUUCCGCCAAUGUUUAGGGUGGAGUCCAUCAUUGGCCAGGGCUCGUACGGCGCAGUCUGCAAGGCGGUCUACGGCACCGACCAGGUGGCCAUCAAGAAGAUCCCAAAUUACGUGAAGAGUGAGGAGACGGUCCGCCGUGUGCUGCGCGAGAUUGAGAUUCUGCAAAACUUGCAGUUUUGCGAGCAGGUGGUGGGGUGUCGGCUGCUUUUCCGGCCGACAAGCCGCGAGAAGGACGUGUACGUGGUGAUGGACUGCAUCCCUUCCGACCUCUCCACGGUGGUGAAGAACAGGUCGAUCGCGCUUUCAGAAAACAUUAUACGUUUCAUUACGUGUCAGCUGCUGCUUGCCCUGCGUGCCAUGCACCGAUGCAAGGUGCUGCACCGCGAUUUUUCCACACGCAACAUCCUGAUUAACUAUAACUCACAAAUCUUUGUCUGUGACUUUGGCCUUAGUCGCUUCUUUGACCCAGACGAACAGCUUUCCUUUGGUGUCGUGACGCAGUGGUAUCGUGCGCCCGAGAUCAUCCUCGACGCCGAGUAUGACGCCGCCAACGACCUCUGGAGCGUGGGCGUUAUCGUCUGUGAGUUGCUCCUUCGACGCCACCUCUUCCCGGGAAAAUGCAACGACUCUGCGGAUCAACUUAAUCUUAUCUUUCACCUCGUUGGCACCCCACCGGCGUCUGUGUUUAACGAGGGCCAGCCAUUCGCCCGGGCCUCCGUGAACGCCAAGAACUACGCCCUUUCAGUCAUAGAAAAACGUCCACGCAAAUCAAUGCUGCGUGAGCUACUCUGUCGUGCCCCCAUUUUACAAGGCAAGGAUGCGGAGACGUCGCCCAUCAUUGACGUGGCGGAGAAGCUGCUCUCGUUCAACCCACGUGACAGACCGACAGCCGACGAGGCGCUGCGGCACUCCUGGUUCGAGCCCUGCCGUGCCUUUAUUGAUGACAUGAUUGCGGCCCAGGACGAGCAGCAGACAAGUCCGCAGUUUUCUUCCAACAGUUCUUUGUCAAUGCAGGAAAUGACCCAGAAAAUUGAGGAGAUUGUGCCGAUGUUUUCGGAACAGCUCCUCGUGAGCGAGGAUGCCAACUGA